AUGACAAUAUAUUCAGUAUUUCUUUUGUUUUUAUCAAUAAAUUGUGUUUAUUCAUCAUGGAUAACAAUCAAUGAUUAUUCUGUAACAACAUGGAAUGAAACAAAUGCAGAUCUUAGUGAAAUAUUAGCUCGAUUCCAAGUAACUAAUUAUCCAUCAAAAUAUAUAAAAUCAUUAAACAAUCGUAUUGAUACUUUUACUUGUGAUUUCAAUUGUGAAAAUGUUUAUUUUCUAAUGCAACAAGGUCUGUAUGGAAUUUCAAAAUUUUUCAAAUUUAAUUCUAAAACAAAACAAGUUUAUCAAACAGAACAAAUUCAAUCUUUUAUGAUCGAUCAUAUUCAAUUUAAUGAAAAAACAAAGAAAUUAUAUUCGAUUAUACAUCAGUCAACUGAACGAAAAUAUCUUUUAGUUGAAAUUGAUACUCAAACAUUGCAAGUGAAGGAACAAUUUAUGGAUUUAAGUCAAUAUGGUUUUCCGAUGUCUGGAAGUUAUUUUAAUUCUAAAACACAAUUGUUUACAUAUCAUGCUUAUGAUUCUAAUCAACAAGCAACCGUUUUAAUAACAUUAGAUUUAUCUUCAAAAGCAACUCAAAGAUUCGUUCAAUCAAAAGUAUUUGAUUUUAAUGUUUAUGGAUUUGGAUUUGUUCAAUCAAACAACGGUUUAGUUGCAUUAGAUCAAUAUAAUAUCGUCACACCAUUAGUUGUAAUUAAAAUCAAUGAAAAAACUGGUCAGCCGAUUGGCAAUGUGACAAUCACACCGGAUGGUCAAAGAAUUGCUCAAGGAUAUAAACCGUUUUCGGUUGAUUAUGAAAAUCAAUUCUUUUAUGUUUUAUCAUCAAGUGAAGAUUUGUCAAAAACAUUUAUUUCAAAAAUAAAUAUUCAAACGAUGGAAGUUAAUAUUACAGCUGUCCAACGAAAAUUUCCAAAUGAUUAUUUAUUCGUUAAAAUAAAUUAA